UGACGUCACUGUCCUCCGCCCUUCGACUAGGCGAUGUGGGAGAGCGGCGACCGAGUGCCGCCCUGAGUCCGUCCCUUCAUGGCCGCCAGCCGCUACAGCGAGUGGGCCGUCGCGGCGGGACGCGGGCCCCAGGCUCAACCCUGCGGGCCCGGGCCUUCCACCGCCCUCCGGUACCAGGCCCUGGACGACGUUCCGGUCCCGAUCCCGGUCAGCGACGAGUUCGCCGUGUCCCGGGACAAGCAGGACUACCUGGAGCACAACAAGGCCGCAAUCCAGGAACUCUUCAAGGUUGAACUGGCCGUGUUGACGCCGCUUCCGCUGCCGCUGCCUCUGGCCGCGUUCGUGCCCGGGGCGGCCGACUCCUCGCAGGUGUGGGCCCAGCUGGAUGGCAACCGGGAGCAUGUGAGCAAAGCCAAGGAAUAUAUCAAGGGUGUUUGUAAUCCCGAGCUUCGUCAAAUUGAGUGUUAUCCCAAGGAUAUGCAUUGCAUUUUUGCGGGCGCCGGAGGCUUGUUUCUCAAGUGUCUUAUACAGGAUACCUGCGCUGACAUCUGCUUGCAAAGCCCUGGAGUGAUUGUUAUUAAUGGAUGUACAGAGCCAGUGAUAAUGGCAAAAACUCGCAUUCAGCAAUUUGUGCAUCUCUUCAGAGACAAUCAUUGUUUACCACCCAGAACGGAAUCUUGCGUUAAAAGGAAAUUCAAACAUUUUGUCGAAUCACAUACUGAUAAAUAUACAAUGGAUUUGCUGCUCUUGCCAAGUUCAGUAAAGGAGGAACUAAUGAAUCUUACUCAAGAAGUACUACAGUUUAAAGAUUAUAUCGAUCUUACGUUGGUACCUGAUGGUGAUAAUUCCCCUUUUGUUAUUCAGGAAGCCUUGAGCUCUUCUCAAGAGACUUUGUGUUCUGAGGCAAAAUCCAAUGAUUUGCUAUCUUCUGAAGAAACCAGAAAGCAGGCUGGCACACCUGUGUCUGAGCUAGUUCAGCAGAUGGACACGAUGCUUAAACAAAGUUCAUUUGGUCCCGAAACACACAUGUUGCGCGAGGACUCAUCGGUUUGUACGGAACGGCAAUCGUGCAAAAGAAGGUCAUCUGCCAGCGAGGACAGACAUACAAAACGACAGUUUUCUGGAGAUAUUGAUGAGCUCGCAGCAAUUAAUACAACGACAAAGUCACAGUGCAAUGAUUUGGUCGCUGAUCCUGAUAUAUGGGUUCCUUCUUUAAUUGAACAUCGUGAUAAUCAGAUUGAGGAGGACUCAUCCACUACCACCUCAGAAAUGGAAUUCAGAAUGCUUGUGGAAUUCUUCAGGUCAAUGGGUUAUUCUGGGAUUAUUAUAAAAAAAGUAAUUAAGGAAAUGGGAGUGACUGAGGAACCUAUGGAACUGCUAAAGAAAAUUGUUGAAGAAAGUAACCGUUUGGAAAAAGAACAAGCCAGUAAUACAGGCCAGACAUCUGUUUGUAAUACAAAUCUAAUGAAUGAAGCGGGGAAUUCCAGCGAGGAAAAACCUAAAGCUUGUACUUUUGGAGCUGCUGAAGUUAAAGGGACAGAGCGUGUAUCUGUGCCAGUCAUCAAUCCUUCUCAAAAUCAACAGAAAAGUGAGCAUCGUAAAGAAAAUUGCCAUUCUGAAAAUGUGUCAAUUGGCAAUGCACGGGACGACAAAGAUGAAGUCUUAAAGCCACUUGCGCUUCGAUUUACUAAAGGUUCUGAAAGUUUUCAACCAGCCAAACCUUGGUACAAUGACUUUUUUAAUGAGCGAGCCCCAAGUGAAAAUGAGAUAGUGGCAAGAGGCAGCUCCGAACAGACACAGUUGCCUAUUGCCCAUUGGUAUUCUACUGUGCCUGCUAAUCAGCAAAUGAGAUCUUCAGUAACUGGGGUACAACGAUUCCACGAUUUGCUUAAAAAUCCUUACAAACUGACCCUAACAAAUGAUCCAGGGAACAAAAACUUAAAAUAUGUUAUAAUUGAUGGAAGUAAUGUUGCAAUGGCCCACGGAAUGAAAAAACAAUUUUCCUGCCGUGGCAUUGCUAUUGCCGUGGAGUUCUUCUGGAAUCGGGGUCACCGACAAAUAACUGUAUUUGUUCCACAGUGGAGAACCAAACGUGAUGCCAAAAUCACAGAACAGCAUUUUUUAAAUGAACUUGAAGAGCUGGGUGUACUUUCCUUUACACCUGCUCGAACGGUGUGUGGGACAAGAAUUGCAUCUCAUGAUGACAGGUUUUUAUUGCACCUUGCUGAGAAAACAGGAGGGAUUAUUGUCACUAAUGACAACCUGCGAGAAUUUGUGUAUGAAACUACAACCUGGAAAUCAAUCAUUUUGGAGAGGUUACUACAGUAUACAUUUGUUGGAGACAUAUUCAUGAUACCUGAUGAUCCCCUUGGGAGGAACGGACCAAGACUGGACACCUUUCUGCAGGCAGGCCCUUGCAGGACUUUACUCAAGGCUGUGAUUGGGAACAAUAAACUAUUGGCACAACCAAUAUUGGAGCAGCCUGUGAUUCCUCCUUUGCGACCAAAAGAGGAAACUGAACGACUGAAGCAGGACUUGUUUAAGAUCUUUCCCGAUGCCCCCCAAAGAGAGAGAAUAGAUCGUAUUCUGGCAGCCCACCCCCUCAUGAGGGACCCCAAUGCUCUGUCAGCGAUGGUGCUGGAUCAAGAAUAAUCUGCUCCGUCUGCUUGUUGGAAUGUUCAUGUUAGAACAGAAUGCAAAAUUGAACUUGACGCCUGAACCGCGGCGAGGCACCGUGAAUGCUCGUCUCUGAUCUUAACGCCCAACUGGUUUUCGCAAAACGUAAAGGCUGGAGACUUUCUGCGGAUCAGAAGCAACUAUUAUGUAUCGCGUGUUGAAUUUACUUUUGGUCUCCAUCUCGUUCUUGCCGUGGAGCAAAUGCUGAGUCCGCAGUAUUUGUGUCCGUUCCCUUAAGGAGGUAGGGAUGGGAUGUACUCCAUCAUUUACACUGGUACCAUGUUUCGCACUCUGCAUUCUGAAAGGAAGAGCAUGGAUUUCUUGCUGAAAGAGGACUGUAGCAUUAUGUAGAGGCAGUUGCCUUACUGACGGUGCUGCUAUGCCAGGCUCCUGCUGAUUAUCCCUGCCUUCUCUGCUGCUGCUGCUGCCCUCUACUACGCUGGCAACCUGACGCCAACCUGCUGUGAACCACCUCACGGGCCGACAGUGAGGGUAGCUGGAGGUUGGCAAUGUCACCGCUCAGGGGAUACAGUCCCUGCCCUGAGUAUUUGUCAAGACUCCCAAACCACCGUCUGUGAUGUAAGCUGCUGUCUCCUCUAUGCCGGGCAAUACAGCUCUCCUCAGCCUGGAGAUGCCUCUGUAAUCCCACUUGAGCAGUGCCGGCCCAUUCACAAAACACCUGCACUCGGCAAAGGGAGCAGCCCUCUGUCAGUCCCCACCAUUCACCUACCCUCGCCUCUCCUGCCCACUGUCCUGAGCUCCACUUCUCAACGACAAGCCCCCACCCACAACGACAAGCCCCCACCCACAACAACAAGCCCCCACCCACAACGACAAGCCCCCACCCACAACGACAAGCCCCCACCCACAACAACAAGCCCCCCCCCACCAAGCCCUGGGGCGAUUCAUCACUGCAUUGGUGCCAGGUUCCCAAUGUCCCAGUUCUCAAAGUGAACAGACACUGGGUAGUGUUCAGAAUGGAGGGCCAUGAUGCUAUAAUGUACCAGUGGUGGAGCUCUAUGUGAGCGUCCCGUCUAUGUACCAGUGCUGUGUGGUGGAGCAGUGUGUGAGCUCUCCGUCUCUGUAUAACCUUUCACUAUUUUUGUAAAAUACAAAAUCUGAGGACUCUUUAUCAAUUUGAUUUUAGUGAUGUAGAAAAUACUGCAAAACCUUUUUGUGGACAAGCCAGUGUAUAAACUGGGAGAUAUUCUAUUUAUUUACUGGCUACAAGAAUGUGUAAAUAGUAUAAAAAAUAUAUUUUUUUGACAAAUAAUGGUGUCAAUUUUGAAAAAGGUUCAUGGCUUGGAGGACUGACUUAAAACCUUUCUGAAAUUCUAUUUUGUCAAACCAAAACUAGUGUGUAAAGCUAGGCGUAAGAAUGAAAUAAUAACAAAAUACUUCAUUUGAUCACUACUGAAAUAUCUGCAGUUUGAUUAAAGUAUCACUUUCAUUUUGAAUA